CUGCUUAUUUAUGUAUGUGUGAUGUGGUUAGGAAACUAGCAACGGAUUAGAAAUGCAAGCAACGCCUCCCCUAAUGAACAUGUUGCCUGCCAUAAAACAGACUUACAAAUAAUUUCAGAAAGUGAACAAGAAAGGCAAGUUUUGUGCACUGGCCGUUAUUUUUUUUUGUAGCUAGUGUACUUAAUGGUCGUGGUGUCGAGAUAAAGUAGCUGAAUGUUGUCUCGCGGCAAAGCGAGGAAAGAACGACUUACCAAAAUGUCAGAUUCAGACUCUGGUCCAGAGUUUGUGGACUACGACGAUAUCAGACACGGGGCGAAAUUUACCUAUGUCAAAGACAGUCCCUUUGUAGCCUUACAACCUCCAGAUGAUAAAUAUGAGCGAUGGAAUAAAAUCCCUGUCAGUUUGAAAAAGAAAGCGGCACAGUUGAUGCAUGUAUCUGCCUUUUGGUAUCACAUUCUGCUUUGUCGAGAGAAUCACAACACCACACGCUGGGCUGUGCAAGUGGGCUUCCUAGAUUCAAAUGUCAGCAAUGACUUGAGUCUGAAGAGACUGCACAGGAUUGAAAUAUUGGAAGCUAUCCUCAGAGCGAUGGAAAAAGGAUGUUUAUUAGAAGAUCAGACAAGGCAUAUGAUCUGGAUAAGCAAUACGUUUAACUUGCAUGUGCUGGAGGUCCUGGAUGAUACGAUAUGCUGGCUGGAGCAGACAGGAGAGCCCCGCAUCAAGCAGCAGGUUCAGGAGCUGGGCCCCAGAGGGAACUGCUUUGCUGCUCUUCAACUCAUCUUCGCUGAGUAAAAGUGAAGAGAUGAAGGCUAAAGGAAAUUAUCAGUUUCAGAAAAAGAAGUAUGAUGCAGCAGUCAAGUAUUACUCAAAAGCCAUCAAAUCACCCUGAAAACCACAUUAUCUAUGGGAACAGAGCGCUUUGCUAUAUUCGUAGUGAAAAAUAUCUAAAAGCUGUUGGUGAUGGAAAACGAGCCACUUUGAUACAACCAGAGUGGGCAAAGGGUCACUACCGGUACUGUGAGGCGAUGUUUCUCCUUGGGGAACACAAGCAGGCAAUGGCGGCCAAUGAGUGGGCCCAGACUCUGUGCAAGGCUGACCCAGAAGGCAUGAAGGACCUGCUGCACCAACAUGCCAAGUUCAACAUAGAGAUGGAGGAGAGCAAAUGCCUCAGGGAAGAGGAGAGCAAAGUUGGCAGUCCGAAUAAAACUGCAGCUAAGAAAGUUUCAAGUAAAAGAACGGAGAGUACCACCAGAGCAGACACUACAGAGUCACGAAAACAGACCGCUAAAUCCGCCAGUAAAGUUGAGCCUUCCACUAAAAGCACCGCUCCUGAGAACAAGUGCUCGGGAGUCAAGGUGGAAAGUCUGACACAGCCAGUGAAAGCUGAAGGGGGAGCACAUUCACUGGAUAAUGCAGAGGGGCCGAAAGAGACGAAAAGUCAAAUGGCUGAUAAAAAGAGCAGCAAAUCAGAGCACAUCGCUUCAGACAAACUGAAAGAGAAGAGCAGAAACCAGUAUUCAAAGACAAUAUUAGGCAGCUCCAGAGACCCCAGUGUGCGAGACACGCUGGUGUCAGCUGUGCAGGAUGCCCACACGGCCCUGGCAGACCAGCGAUACCGCAACGCAGAGCAGGCCUUCUCCCAGGCCCUUGUCAUCCUGGAGACCAGCACACCAAAGGAACUUGGUCUCUGUGCUCUUGACCAAGUUGUGCUGAUUUAUGGCCAUGCUUCAGCUCUGUUAGAGAUGGGUCAACCUGAGGAACUUGCUGAAGCUCAAAGGGACUUUGAAAAGAUCAUAACCUUUGAAGAGCGGAAGUUUCAGUGUCUAGUGUUUUACGGCAUUGGAAAAGUGUAUCAGAAGGAGAACAGAUUUCCAGUUGCUCUGCAACAGUUUUCUGAUUCUAUGCAAAUGGUUAAGAAAAAGAUAACACCUGGCAAACUGACCUGGCCCACCACAAAAGUUAUUGUUGAGGAGACUAAGCUGAACUAUUUCAAGGAGCUGCUAGAAGAAUCCAUAGAGAUAUGCAAAUUUCCACCUAAACCAGAUGCAAUUUGUCGGCAUCAGAAUUGCCUUGGCCAUUCCAAAAUGGAAAUAUACUUCACAGAUCCAGAUUUUAAGGGUUUCAUUCGUGUGGUUUGCUGCCAAAGCUGCAAAGUGGAGUACCAUAUCAGCUGUUGGAAGAAGUUGAAAGCAACAGCAUUCUCUGAUAAGAAUGAAAAGGAUUUCCUGCAGGAAAUAUGCUUUACUCCAGAAUGUGGGGGUAGAAUCUGCCAUAUUAAAAUCUAUGGUUCAACAGGGCUUGUCAAAUGUGAGUUUGUGUCUUUAGCAUCUAUUGAAAAACCUACAGGUACAGCAAAAGUGAGAGUAAAUCAGAAAUGUUCAAGUCUCAAAAAGUUGAAGUCCAAAGAGGAUCGUAAGCUCAGGCGGAAACAACAUAGGCAAGAUGCUUCUCUGACUAUGCAAGACAAGAAUGAUCAGAUGCCUUUGGAGAAUCGGGAGACCAUUAUCAUAGAACAGAAGGCUUUAUUUCCCACCUGGCUGUCUUACGGGGACCGUGUUCUGCUUCAGAUCAGCGAGAGCAAGGAUCUGUUCAGAGACCAGAGCCACAGCGUCUCUGUGUUGAUGAAGAACCUUAAGCCAUGGAUGGAUAUGGACCGGAUCAAACGAAGUGAGCUGGGCAUGUCGUAUGCUGGGAGGCAGCCGGAGACGCUGGGGGAUGUGGUGGAGCUCCUCCUGGAAAGGAAGAACCGGGUAUGGGCCCGCAUCUUUAUCCACAGCCUGAGCGGCUGCCUGGACACCAGUCCCAUGCUGCAUGACUGGGCCCACAAACUGGACAGCUCAGGUCUGAAUGCAGCUGGACUGUUUAUUGACCGCUAUGCAGACCACCUGGAGCAGCUGGACCUAGCUCCUUUGCUACAGUUUGCCCCCCUGCAGGACAUGCUCAUAGAGAAGUUUGGCACCAUGCCUGAGUUUUUUAGCCGUCUUGGCCUGACUGUAACGGAGUACCUAAAGCAGGCCCCUCCCCAGGAGAUGAGGCUGUUUAUCUGGACGUUGGAGGAGCACAGAGACCAGUACGCCUCCUGCCACGCUGCGCUGGAUGACUAUUUUGAAAUAAUGGAUGGGCUUUGUGUAGUGAUUAAAAAGACAGAGAAUGAAAAUACAAUUAAUUCCCUUUUUAAGACUAAGAACAGAAAUCGCAAAAAAAAGCAGAAGGAGCCAAAGGAGUCGUUUGUCUUGUCGGGAAUGAGAGGUGGUACCUCAAGAGAGGAUGACGAUUUUUUCGAGGAGGACUCUUUAAUGUUCCUUGACCCCAGUGAUCCAUUCAGCGUUCCCAAUCAUCUUCGUGAUCAGGUGACAGAGUUUGAGGGACAGUACAACAAUGGCAGCCGCAGUAGCCACUACAAGAGAAUAUUGGACAAUAACCCCGACGCGACUGAGAGUUUGUAUGACUACUUUGCCCAGAUCCUGGAGGAGUACGGUCCCCUGAAGGCCCAGGACCCCCAGCUGGUGGGCGAGCUGGACAACUUCCCUCCCGACGCCCAGCAGAAGAUCCAGGAGGCAGGCGGCCUGAAGCCUUUCCUCCUCGAAUCGCUGCGCUUCGUCAUGACUGACAACCUCCUGGGCCUUAUGAAACACGCUGUGUCACUGCAGGAUGCCAACACUCACAGAAUGGAUGAUCUGUACUUCAUAGGGGAUAUCCCCAACAGACUCUCCCUAAACCCUUCUGCUAUGGCGUUUCUUCCAAACCCUCAAGAUUCUGGAACUAGGGAUUAUGAUGAGCCUAUUGCUAUUAUCCCUGUGCAGCCUAACACAGUUCAAUUCUGUGGCUAUCUUCAAGCCAUUGGAACUCCAUUGGACAAGUCGUAUGAUAACCAUUAUCUGGAUAACCUUGAGGAUCUUGACCUUUAUAUUAGAGAUGUAGAGGAAAAGGGAGUUGAGGCACCUGGAAAGACUGCAGCAGAAGUACAGGGAGACAUGGCAAAGAAAGAGAAGAGUAAUGCAGAGUUUGAGCAGCAGAUCCAACAAAUAAAGCAGGACUACGACACUGUGAAGCAAAGACGCCUAAAGGAGAUCUCUGCACUGGAAGGAGAGCUAGAGAAAAUCAACCACUUAAUACAGAUCAGCCAUAAAGAGCUGGACCUGUUCCAGCAGAAGCUGGAGGAGGAGGUCAAGAAAGACCAACGGGAGAAGAAAGAGAACCAGGAGACAGUGAAUACCUUAAAGACGAAGAUAAAGGAGCUGGCAGAGUCACAGGAGAGCAUUUCUAAGAGCAUCCGUGAGAAGAACAAGGACUAUGAGACUCACCUGAAUAAUGUCCUGGAACUGAGUAACCAAUCAGCUGUUGAGAAGAUGAGCCUUGAGGAUGAGAUUAAGAGGUGCAGAGACCUGUGUGCCAAGGCAACCAGGAGGUCUGAGGGAGCAGAGCUGUCUAUAUUAGAGAACCGGCGUGGCACUGGCCUGCGCUGCCUCUACAGGUCUCUGUCGGAAGCCAGGGCCAUCCUUGCCAAACUCAAGGAAGUGGCACCCAGAUUACCUACCCAAAUUCUGCAGUCAGCCACAGAUGCCUGGGGAGCAUGUGUUCAAGAAGCGGAGGAGAAAGUCUGUGCAACUGAGCUGCAGUACCAGGAUCAUAAGAAGCAGGUGAAGAGGGGGGCCAGGCUGUGCACUCUGCCCCCAGUAACUGUACCCAGCCCCCCCCGGCCCCCACCUGUACCGAUGCUGUUCCCACCCCAGGCUCACCAGCAGCUCCCUCGCCACCUGCUGCACAUGAGAGGCCACCCGGGGAUGCCCAGUGCCCCUCCAGCCUCAGCCAUGGCUCAGAGUGUUGUACUGUCCCCCGGCAGUGCUAAUGAUCCUAGCGGCCAUUUCACAAGGCCUCCCCAGCAGAACCAGGCUCCCGGGCCACAGGCCCCACAGCCCAACAAUGUGUGCGAGAGAAUCAUGGACCGCCUCAGCGUCAUGUUCCCUCACUAUAGCAGGCUCGUGCUGUACAAGUUCACUGGGGAGAUGCGCACAGCCAACGGAGGCUGCCUGACCUCCCUGUCCUAUGAGGAGGUUAUCAACCGAGUGGCCCAGCACAUCCUGGACCACCAGGACAACACCAGGGAGCAGCUGAGCAGUGCGGGUGAAGGUGACCCCGGGGCCCAGCCGUAUGGGACCCCUUCACAUUCCGACUCUCCAGCCUCAGUCUGCUCUACUGGAACCCCUCCCCCUGCCCACGUCUGGAAGAGAGUGGGUGCCCACAGACACUCCCAGUCCAAGGCGCUGAAUAUGGAGGAUCCCUGUAUCAUCUGCCAUGAAGACAUGUCCCAGGAGGACCUGUGUGUGUUGGAGUGCAGACACAGCUUCCACAGAGAGUGUAUUAAGUCAUGGCUGAAGGAGCAGAGCACCUGUCCCACCUGCAGAGAGCACGCUCUCCUGCCCGAGGACUUCCCUCUGCUGCUUGGCAGAAUCCGCAGGGGUCACACGUCUGCCUUCUCCUAAACACUCCCAGCUACCUACCCUGAACCCCUAUCUCUCCCAAUACUUGAACUCCCAACACAUUGAUUACCAGUAUAUGCUCAAUUCCAUACUAAACACUUCUGACAAAUAUUUAAUGUGAAGUUUUUUGACAAGUGUGAUUUAACCAAUUAUCCAUCUCCCUAAUGUGAUUUAUACAAGGAAUAAAAAUAUAAAUGCAACAUG